CCUGGCUGCGUCAAGACUCGACCUUCGAGAGAAAAGACGUCCUGCCCGAACCUGGCCCAAAUCGACUAAAACCGUAGGAGAGAAAACCAAAGCUUCAGACUCACUCACUCGGUGGAUAUCUGCAUGCAGCAGGACCGUGAACGCACCGGGAGCUGCCUUUUCAUGACACUCAGCUUCACCGCAUGUCUGCUACAGCGAUGAUCCCGACUCCUCAAAUGCUCCUCCUGACAAUGACAUCAUAGUACAACUCUCCGACUCAUGCCAGCCGACACCAUGUUGCAACCUUCCCACACAACAGGACACAACCUGUUGGAGCCAUUACCUCACAGGAGCUGGUCCAGGUGGGCCUUCAGCUUCACCUUCUUCAUGACUGUUCUCUGGCUGCCGGGAAGUUCAGGGACGACCGUCGUCGACUGCCACAAGAACUGCAUCUGCGCCUCCAACAUUGUGAGCUGCUCCAAGAUGAAUCUGACCACGGUCCCCACAGAGAUUCCGCUCUACACCACAGUGCUGGAUCUCAGCUACAACGAGAUAGGGCGACUGCGCUCAGAGUGGACUCCAGUACGACUGCCGAAACUCCAUAACCUCCUGCUCAGCCACAAUGGCCUCCACUUUUUAUCCUCGGAGGCGUUCAUCUAUGUGAAGCAGUUGCGGUUCCUGGAUCUGUCGUCCAAUAGCUUGCAGGAGCUGGAGGAGUUCAUCUUUGAGCAGCUGGUCAACCUAGAGGUCCUGUUGCUGUACAACAACCAGAUCACCAAGAUCGAUCACUCAGCCUUCAUCGGCAUGGCCAACCUUCAAAAGUUGUACCUAAGCCAGAAUCAAAUCUCAAGAUUCCCAGUGGAGCUGGUCAAGGACAAAUCUCGCCUGGACAAGCUGACUCUUCUGGACGUUUCCUCCAACAAAAUCAAAACGUUGCCCCUGGAUGAGCUUCAGGUUCUACCUGCCUAUAUAAGGAACGGACUGUACCUUCAUAACAACCCCCUGCUGUGUCGCUGUGACCUCUACACGCUGCUGGCCCACUGGUACCUCCGAAAGCUCAACUCAGCCAUGGACUUUCGAGACGACUUCACCUGUGUUCUGCCCGGUCCGCAAAAACUCCAGGUGGGAGUUUUUGAGUUAAGUGGGGACAGCAUGAACUGCAGCACCUUCAAGGAGGCAGAAGUGGAGGCGUACCUGGAGCAGACGACAAACCUCAAAUGCGACACCAAACACAGAGAUGUUGUCAAGGCUUGGGCGCUGCCUGGUAACGUUCCUGUGGUUCCUCAAAGCAAUCAGACUGCAAAAGUCCUUCUGGAUGGAAGCUUGCAGAUAAGUCAGACAAAGGCUGAGGACUCUGGGACCUACACUUGCACAGCAAUGAGUGAUACUUUCAAUGAGACCAUCUAUGUCAUUCUGAAGGUCCACAACUUCACCAUUCAUGGCAGCGGGGAGACUCUAAACACAGCUUACACCACUUUGGUGGGCUGCCUGGCCAGUGUGGUCUUGGUUCUGAUGUACCUCUACCUGACGCCGUGUCGCUGCUUCUGCUGCCCAAGCAAGGGUAAGGCUCGUGGAGAGGACAGCAUCCACUCGUCCAUGCUCAGUGUGACACCCACUCACGUGGACCCGGCUCUCAAGGCUGAGCUGAACAGGCACGUGGCUUUUAUAGACUCCAAGGAAUCGCAGGGACAGAAUGGUAAACUGAACCCAAACGGUGAUGAGGAUGACGAGGAGGAAGAGGAGGGAGACGCUGAGGGAGGUUCUCUAAUGAAGGGGAAGAGGAAGAAGUCAGUAGCAGAGUCUAUCAGCUCGGUCUUUUCAGACACACCCAUGAUGGUCUGAGACCAGCCUGACUCUGGAUCGCGUGAGCCAUGUUUUAGGUAAACUAACCCGCCAGUAUGGGACAAACUGUAGUUGCUGGCCUCAUAAGGAUCUUAAAGGGAAAACUUUUUAGUGUCUUGUUGAGAAAAAAAGAGCAUAAGCAGGACUAUUCCAGCAUUUAAAUGUGUAGCACUUAUUAUUUAUACUGUGAAGGAACGGCAGCGUUCAGGGCAGGAGUCGCAAGGGAGUCACAGGAUAUCGUUUGUCAUCGCUCAGGAAGUGAUCGGUUAAUGUAGGAACCUAAAAUAGUGAUGUAUUGACAUGAAAUAUAGGAGAGUAGAUCAUCCCUACCUUCAAAAUAUUAGCGCACUAAACUCAUUUUUCCGAUCAAGUAAUGCGAAUCACAAGAAAAGUAGUGGUCUGUGACUCACCCUGCUGACAAUGGUUUGCUGAUUUAAAUCCAAAUAUAUCAGGUUCUAAAAACAAGCAAAGCCAUCAUUUUAUUUCCCCGAAUUCUUUUAUUAUUAUGUGUGUAAAAACCAGUGUUCUUUAAACUGUACACUUUUUUGUGAGGUGUCUAUAGGGAGACGUUGGUAAUGAACGUAUAAUGACACUGCAUUGCUGAAAUGGCUUGCUACUGAUGAAUAAUUAGGUAUCUUGGGGUUCAGUUAAGGGUCAGCGCUUAACCUGAGUCUGUGUUGGCAGUGGAGCAGAAGGGGAUCCGUGUCAUUUUGUCACAUGGAUGCAGAUAAGGUGGACUAACGUCGACUCUGAGGAGAGAAACAGCACAAGCUAACAGUUUCCUGCAGUGGUGAUUUAUCUUCACGCAUAGCAAUAUCAGAGCAUUUCCCUGUCGAAGCACUGUAUCACAGGCGAAUGUAAACAGUUGUGUCAGGCCCGAGAACUGUCGCCGGUCAGUGAAGAAAACCUUUCCACAUCAAGCCAGGUGAAGCCUUGAAACCAAGAUGGCAGUGUCGAUGUUUGUUUUGACUGAUGGUCAACAGUUUGUCUCCCUCUGUAAACGGUCAGGUAGCAGUUUCCUUCCCGCUGGUUUGUGUCAGCGGACGAACACACCAACGCUGUUUUUCCAACUCUCUUUACCAAGUUGUAGCACGUGUUAGAGCUGCUAUGUAUGAGGGAAACAUAUUCACAUAGGAUUCUUUAUUCACUGCAGCAAUAGUCCACAAAUUGUGUGUGUCACAGUUUACUGACCCAGAAUGAAUUAAAAACUUCUACAUAUUCCUCAAUCAACCUUUGAAUGAUCCAACUAGUGCAUGAUGGAUGCUCCCAACAUAUCCACUCAUUAGCAUGUUAUACAUUACGCACAGGCUCGCACUGCAUUUAGCUUCAAUAGCGCUAUAUGUGCGCUAAACAUGCUAUGAUGCUUAGUUGGCAUCUUGUGUAUAAUCUCUGCUGGCUUCUUAAGAAGUGUUUGAAGGAGCUCUGUGAGAAAAAAUAUAUGAAGAACCACCAAAGAAGGCUGUGGUUUUAAGCCCCAAAAACAGCCUGUAUUAUCUUAUGUAUUGAUCAUCAGUUAGCUUAUAUUCGUACCUUAAAAUUAUACAAACACUUCUAAACUAAGUAACCACACUUAGGACAAACUGGAUUAUUGAGGCUGAUAUUACCAACAACUUUGUUGUGGUAUUUUCCAAAAGCUCCUUCAAUUGUUUCUUACUCUUAAAUUGUAUUGUAUGUAUUUCACUCACAAAUACAUUUCUGGAUGAAAAAUAGUGAAUACUAGCUUUGACAAAUUAAGUAAAAGGUUAAGCAAGUAGAAUGUGAGUUUAUAGAACAGUAGAUAUACGAGUAUAAUGUGUGAAAUGGAACAGCCCUCAGUAACCUGACGUCUUUGAUAGUUUGAAAAAUGUAUAAAAUUAACAAGAAUUAACAUGCUUCACAAUGAAGUUUACUUUCAACAGAAAUCUGAAUCAUUUUUUGAUCAGCCUACUUUCAAACUUUCUGAUGUGAAAACUCAUCAAAUUCCACUGUUUACUAACAAGUGUGUAGAGAAAUAAUAACAAAGAAUAUCGAAAAAAUAUGUAAUGAUUUCCCUUCCAGACGAUGAAGUUUAGAAUAAAUAUUUAUGAGAAUGAAGCUGAUGAAUGCAACAAGACAAACAAACCUGAAACCCAAGAGAGCGCCAGCCUCUGAAGGUCUAAAUGGUCUAUUGAAAUGAUCACACACGCACAUGCAGAUGCACUGAGGUGGGGUGAUCCAUUAAACUGCUCCUCGGGAUGCUAAAUGUAUCCUCUGAUGGAUGCCGCGUCUCUGCUAUUUCCAUACCUUUGUCUUUCAGCAAAUCAGAGUGAUCAUGAGUCACGGCGACACCAAGCUGUUCUGUCUGGCUUCUGGCUCACGGAUUUGUUUGCUCGAUUUGUGUACCUCUGGGGCUCCUUUUACUUAAGAGCAACCACCCUUCCAGCCAUUUAGUUCACUGGACUUUUUGCCUCCAGUAUUUUACCAAGUGUCAAACGACAAAUAACAAGUAACCCUGCCGCUGGGAGUUUUGUAGUAAGUAGAAGUGUUUAUGACCAGACGCGGCAAUAUAUAUAUAUAUAUAUAUAUAUUUUAUAUAUAUAUAUAUAUAUAUAUAUUUUUUUUUUUUUUUUGUUUGUUUUUGUUUUUGUUUUUUUUGUUUUCAAUGCAUACAAAACUACAAAAGGCAUAUCAGAGGCUGUUCCAUUUCCCAGAGAUGUCUUUGACAAAUGAGGAAGCAUUCUUAUAAAACAAAGUUCUCUCACUUAGAAGCAUCUUUGUGCCUUUAUCACGUUGAAUUCCCAUCAUCAUACACUGUCAUUUUUUAGCACGAAGAAAAUUGCUAUCCAGUACAUGAGCUGAUUUACUAGUCUGACAAAAAGACAGACAAAAAGUUAAACAACCUGAUCCAGAACAUCAAACCCUUCCAGAAGACGAUCAGACACUAGACAUUCAGCUGUCUUGAGGGUGCAGCUGGUUUUUUGACGUUUAAUCAGAAGAAUAUUUGCAUCGUCUCCUGCGUGGGCGACAAGAGGAAGUCACACUUCUCAGAGAGUCGGUGCGUGUGUGUGUGUGUGUGAAUCAUUCUACUCUCUCGCAUAGGAAUACCAGGUGGUGAAACAGCAACACAAAUAUCAGACAAGACUCUUAAAUUAACCACGUUGUCUAACAGCAUUCAACAUCAUUUGCUGCAGGUGAGAUCAUAUAGUUUUGUUUAGAUGGAAUUAGAAAGUGUAAAAACAGAGGCUCGCCUGAGUCCCAACCAGAGGACAUCUCUCCAAGCAAACCUGCCUUCCUGUGGACAUAUAUAUACAUAUAUAUAUUUAGCUAUCAGAGAGUGUUGAUGUACUAAAACUCACUUUUCUGUGUUCGAUAUUGAUAAAUUGUUCUGCUCUGUUCUACUUGUGUAAACUGUGUUCUUAUGUAAUGUAAUGUUGAUCAUUUUGUCUGCCAAUGUGCUACUGUUCUCACAUUCUUGUCUUGACAUAAAUGUUUAUUUUACAAAAGGGGCUGGGUUUUAUUUUAUUUUUUUAAUUAAAAGUGCAACAUAUUUCACCUAAAAAUACAGCGAGAGCUCAAGUAUAAUGUAUGAAUAUAUGUUGCACAAAAAGUGCACAUAUUAUAAGAUGUGUAUACCAGUAUACAUAGCUGGGUUCUUCAGCCAAAAUUGAGGCAUACAGGCUGAACAAGAAGGGGAAGCUUGCCCACAAAAACAAAGGGCCAACAGUCUCUGAAAGACGCAGAGUAUAGUGAAUUUGAAGAAAAUCGGUGAUCGGCGUGUAUUAAAGGUCAAAUAUGAAUUAUGUUUUUUCUUCAGUAAAUCCUGGCAGUUUAUAACACCGACGUUCAUAAGAUAACAGAACCAGAGAAGUGGUCUCUGCCUGUUCUAUUAUUUAUGAUUCCUAAUUCUUUAAAUAGAAAGUACAGCAGCGUCUUCAAGUUGUCAAGGCAAAAAAGAAAGAAAGCCCAUGUUUAAGUGCUCCGCUAAAGUGGCGCCAUUAAAGCUCAGUUUAUUGAUCACGCCCUCUCAAAGCGGCUCAGAUGGAAGCGGUCUCGCAGCUACGGAGGAAUGGUUUUGCAUGGUUCUCCAACUG